AUGGUGCCAAUGCCAGGGGUGAUGGUGCCAAGGGGUGACAGUGCCAAGGGGGUGACAGUGCCCCUGGAGAUCCCGCAGCUCAAGAAGCUCCUGGAGACGGAGAGCCCCUCGCGGCCGCUCUGGGCCACGGUGGACAAGGCGCCCGUGCUGCUCCUGGGCGGCUUCACCAACAACAAGGUGGUCCUGCUGUCCGACUCCGGCUUCGACGACUUCCUGGCCGUGGAGGUCGACAUCGACAGCUGCUGGAUCGGCUCCCUGACGUGCCCGUGGAGCGAGUUCUCCUCCACCAUCCUGGACGCCAUCGCCACCGAGAGCACCCUGUUCAUCCGGCAGAACCAGCUCGUCUACUACUUCACGGGCAACUACUCGGUGCUGCACGUGGCCACGCGCGGCUCCGCGCUGUGGACCCGCGUGCUCAACCGCAUCUGCGUGGGCAAGUUGGUGCCCGUGCCCUUCCCGCACAACGGCUCCGAGUUCGUCGUGGCCAUCGGGCGCGGGCAGCAGGAGGCCGAUUUCUUCCUGGGCACCGUGCGAGGUUGGGGACGUUGGGGACGACGGCGGGGUCCCCGUGUCACCCCCCGUGUCACCUCUCGUGUCCCUGCUCCAACAGACGGGCUCGUGCACUUCUCCGAUGCCAUCCGCGCGCCCCCGCCCCGUGUCACCUCUCACGUCCCUGCUCCAACAGACGGGCUCGUGCACUUCUCCGAUGCCAUCCGCGCGGAUGGGAAGACGGUGUGCGAAUACCUGGAAUGUGAGCGGGUCCCCGCGUGCCACCGGCGGGUGACGCCGUCCCACGGGGACAACAGCCCCGCUGUCCCCACAGUCACCACGUCCUGCAAGAUCCAAUGGGCCAUCUACAUCCCGGAGGAGAACAAGACGCUGCUGCUGCUGGAGCGCGCCGAGGACAACGUCACCGCGUACCACGUCGUGGCGUGCCACCACGACACCCCCCGAUUCACCAUCGCCUACAACAUCCCCCUGUUCCGCCCCAAAAGUGAGCGGUGGCACCAAGGGGGUGGCCCCGGUGUCACCGUCCCCCCGGUGUCACCCGCUGUCCCCGCAGCCAUGGAGAAGGCCUUCGUGAUGCUGGUGGGGCUGGAGGAGUACAGCCGGACGCCGGUGGUUGUGCGCGGCCUGUCCUACAACCCCUUCAGCACCAUCUUCUACGCGUGGGGCAACGUCAUCCUGCAGAGAUCCGUCAUCAAGAACUUCAUCCAGUCGUACCGGGGGGAGAUCGUGUGCGUCACCGAGGCCGAGGAGGUCUGGUUCUUCAUGGAGGGCAGCUCCGUCAUCGAGCAGCUCUUCCCGAGCCGGGCAUGGAGCAUGUUCGCCAACAUCCAGCUCCUGGAGGGAUCCAUGGAAUACGGCGCCAACGAGUCCACGCUCAGCUACUUCUACGACCGCGAGGGGCUGCAGCAGAUCCUGCGUGUCCUGCGGAUCCUACACAUUCUGCGGAUCCCAAACAUCCCGUGGAUCCCGCACAUCCUGUGGAUCCCAUGGAUCCCACACAUCCUGCACAUCCUGCAGAUCCCACUGUGGAUCCCAUGGAUCCCACACAUCCCACACGUCCUGCGAAUUCCGCGGAUCCUGUGGAUCCUGCGGCUUCUGCACGUCCCAUGGCUCGUCUACAUUCCCGACGGAGCCGGCAGGAUCGUCAAGAGGAAAUUCCCGGUCGCCUACGUCCUGUCCCACCUCUGCCUGCGCUCGCACCACUACUCGUCCAGCAGCACCCCCGAGCUGCGCUUCGUGGGCUUCACCACCGUGUGCCCCUUCGCGGUGCUCAAGUUCAGCGAGCUGCCCAUGCCGCAGCGCUACAGCCGCCUGGAGCACUACCGCGCCGCGCCGCCUGUCGUCACCGACCGCACCGGGCUCCGGCAGGAUUAUUACCUGUACCUGGCGAGCACGGGCAGCUCCCCGGGCGGCCUCUACGUCAACAUGGAGCAUUACGCCAAGAUCUACGACCUGCCGUCGCGCAACGAGCUGCCCGAGCGCAUCUACCUGGACAAGGGCGACGCGUACAGCUUCUCCGUGACCCUCAGCAUCCGCUCCACGCUGGAGAGGGCUUGGGAGAAGAACUUCCUGAACCGGGUGAAGCUCACGGUGGUCCUGUCGCACCCCUCCAACCUGGUGUUCUUCCUGCACCGCCAGAACCUGGUGAACCGGGCCUCGGUGCUCUACAAGGAUCAUAGAAUCAUAGAAUUCCUCCUCCUCGCAUUCCAGGUGAGCAUCCAGGACACGGCGCGCUAUCCGCAGCAGGGAUUCAGCGGGAAGAACCUCCUCAAGAGCUCCAUGGUGCUCAAGGUGGUCAACUCGGCCACCAUCUGCUACCAGUACUCGGAAUCGGGGCCGGCACUGCAGGGCUACCACUCGGUGCCCGUGUUCAUCGGGUGUCCCCCGGGCAAGCGCAUGGCCUUCGACAUCACCAACAGCAUCAAGCACACGACGAGCACCAACAAGCGCUACUUCAACUGCCUCAGCCAGAACCCGGAGAUGCCCUGCUUCUUCUUCGAGGACGGUGGGGACGCGGUGAUCGGCGGCUCCGCGCACUCCGAGGACACCAUCGUGCGCUCCCGGCCCGAGGACGUCUGGAAGUACAACAUCGACAACGCCAGGUACCGCCGGGAGCGUCCCGGGAUACCGCGGGCAUCCCGGGAGCGUCCCGGGAUCCCACGAGUGUCCUGGGAUCCUGUGAACAUCCCGCGUCCUGGGAUCCCACGAGUGUCCCAUGAGCAUCCCAGGAUUCCACAAGCGUCCCGGGAUCCUGUGAGCAUCCUGCAAGCGUCCCGGGAUCCCGCGAGUGUCCUGGGAUCCCGUGAGUGUCCCGUGAGCAUCCCGGGAUACCACAGGCGUCCUGGGAUCCCACGAGUGUCCCAUGAGCAUCCCAGGAUUCCACAAGCGUCCCGGGAUCCUGUGAGCAUCCUGCAAGCGUCCCGGGAUCCCGCGAGUGUCCUGGGAUCCCGUGAGUGUCCCGUGAGCAUCCCGGGAUACCACAGGCGUCCUGGGAUCCCACGAGUGUCCCAUGAGCAUCCCAGGAUUCCACAAGCGUCCCGGGAUCCUGUGAGCAUCCUGCAAGCGUCCCGGGAUCCCGCGAGUGUCCUGGGAUCCCGUGAGUGUCCCGUGAGCAUCCCGGGAUACCACAGGCGUCCUGGGAUCCCACGAGUGUCCCAUGAGCAUCCCAGGAUUCCACAAGCGUCCCGGGAUCCUGUGAGCAUCCUGCAAGCGUCCCGGGAUCCCGCGAGUGUCCUGGGAUCCCGUGAGUGUCCCGUGAGCAUCCCGGGAUACCACAGGCGUCCUGGGAUCCCACGAGUGUCCCAUGAGCAUCCCAGGAUUCCACAAGCGUCCCGGGAUCCUGUGAGCAUCCUGCAAGCGUCCCGGGAUCCCGCGAGUGUCCUGGGAUCCCGUGAGUGUCCCGUGAGCAUCCCGGGAUACCACAGGCGUCCUGGGAUCCCACGAGUGUCCCAUGAGCAUCCCAGGAUUCCACAAGCGUCCCGGGAUCCUGUGAGCAUCCUGCAAGCGUCCCGGGAUCCCGCGAGUGUCCUGGGAUCCCGUGAGUGUCCCGUGAGCAUCCCGGGAUACCACAGGCGUCCUGGGAUCCCACGAGUGUCCCAUGAGCAUCCCAGGAUUCCACAAGCGUCCCGGGAUCCUGUGAGCAUCCUGCAAGCGUCCCGGGAUCCCGCGAGUGUCCUGGGAUCCCUGUCCCGUGAGCACGUCCCCAGUGUCCCCGUGUCCCCUCCGCCGCCCCGCAGGGACGUGGACACGUCCACGUACUGCGACUACAACCUGGAGUUCGUGCUGCACGUGCACGGGCUGCAGCUCAGCUCCACCAGCAAGCUGCGCUUCAUGAAG